AUGCGCUACAUUUUUGUUUUCCUGUCUUUCGCCGUCGCGGCAUUCGCGACUGCCGACGAUCCCGAUGACGCCUGCAAGGGCCUUUCGGAUGGCUUCGGUUGCUUCUGGACCCAGGGUGAUUGCAACAGAGGGGGAACGUGCGUGAGAGGAACAUGCCGUGGCCCCGCCUGCGACCUUCCCAACAACGGCAUGUACACUCCCCAGAGUUGA